AGAAAACAAUCAGUGAAUGCGAAAGCGAGGCAAAUUGUCGAUGUGGUUGUUAUCGUCGUAUCCUGACGUAUGUUUCUAAAUUUAUUAAUUCCGGUAGUAACAGCUAUUUCACUCGAAAUACAAGUGGAAUCUUCACUUUCUUCGAAGGCAUUGUACUGUAAAACGACGGAAAUCAAACACAAAGGGACCAUAAAUUAACAAAUUGGAGGAUAUACUAAUAUUACCGUAUUGAAAGUGCAAGGAGAUACUGCAUAUCCACUGCACACUGAAUUAAAUAUUUUAUUUAAGUACAUUAGUAGUAGUUCAAAACCACUGCUGUUCAGUUUUUAACAAUGAAGAUCUACUCAUUAACUAUCCUGCAUAAAGGCUCCACUAAGGUAUUGACAUUCAAAGCAGCCUAUGAUCUUUCAUCGUUUGGGUAUUUCCAACGGAAAAGUGUUCAGGAAUUUAUGCACUUUACAAGCCAGAUCAUUGUUGAAAGGACUCAGCUUGGACUGAGAACAUCUGUGAAAGAACAAGAUUACCUUUGUCAUGCAUACAUACGUAAUGAUAGUUUAGCUGGUGUUUUGAUCGCAGACCAUGAAUAUCCAAACCGUGUGGCUUUCUCCUUGAUAAGUAAAGUCCUGGACUCCUUUGCAGCACAAGUGGAGCCAAACAUGUGGCAUAAGAUAACAGAAAACAAUGCAGACUACUCAGGAUUAGACGAAUUUAUAACAAAAUAUCAGCACAAUACUAUAGAAGCAGUUCUACAGAGGGGAGAAAAACUAGACGACUUAGUAUCCAAAUCAGAUGACUUAAGUUUACAAUCAAAAACAUUCUACAAAACAGCAAGAAAAACUAACUCAUGUUGCGUUAUACAGUAACCUCAAAUGCUACACCAGGCAGCUCGCUAUUCCUUGUCACCUUUCUCAUCGGAAUUUCUGAUGAUUUAAAUCCCAGGAAUUCCGACAGAAUUUUUUAGCUUGUUGUCAUGCCGACCUGGCAAAAGACCUCAGUUCCCAGUGACAAUGAUGUGGUCGAGAUGGAGCACCGUCUGCGGAGUACAUGCUGGGGUAUCCAAUGAUGAAUUUGUAUGAAUCGGCUAGUAUCGUUUAAGUCCUUGGGAAGAACUAGACGCUCUAGUUAAUGUAAAAUGGUCACAUUUAGUGUUUAUUACCCACCAUGAUGUUACUGUUACUCCAACACCCGCCCCCCCCCCAAAAAAAAAUUUAAGAAUCAAAAUGUAUAUAUUUUGAUGUUGAGAAUACAUAUUUUUAAGCUUAAAUGUGGCAGCUGUGUGUGUUUCACUUGAUAAUGAAUUGUGAGCCUUCAUUAAAAUUAAUCCUAAAAAUGUAAAAAUCCUGUGAUUCGAUAUGAGGCAAUGCUACCUAGGCACACCGUAUAUUCUCACAUAUAAGACCAGGCUUAAAAUAGAAAAUUACGAUCAAAAAAGAGGGGGGUCAUUUUAUACACAUAAAACAUAACAAUUUUUUUGAAUCAUGUUUGUCUUAUUGAUGUUAUUGAUGUUUGUCUUAUUGAUGGAUCAUCUGUAACAUGUGAAUUUACUACUGAAAUGAAGCUACAAUAAUACUAACGGUUAGUAUGAAUGAACACAAUUUUAAAUGUGAGGAAAUGAGAUUUCAAUGAACAUUUCAAAGCCCAUAAAAUGGUAUAAUUUUGAAAAUUGGCCCUACAUCUGACCCUGUCCUUAUUAGCCACCUGUGCAGUAUGAAGACCAUAAAAAGCGGCAGAAAGUAGGAAUACCAAUGAUGAAACCAGGGGUCAUCUUUUAUGCACGACAUAAAAAAAUUGUCCAAAAAUCUUCUCAAACUUGGCGGUCGUCUUGAAACGGGGAUCGCCUUAUACGCGAGUAUAUACGGUACUCAUUGACCAAUCAUGAUGACUAUCAUCAAGUCUAACGAAAUGUUUAAUCACAACCGUAAUCUCAGGAGGGUAAUAAUUGUGUUUUGUAUUAGCCUAUGUCUUUUUUAUCAUGUUUACGUACGCAAAAAUGUAGAUUUUGCCAGCUAUUAAAUACUCGUAUGGUUAGGGUCGGAGUACGCCCUCACAAUUCGUCACGGAAAUACAGUAUAUUGAUGAUGAAAUAACUCGAGACUAAUCAAAGCUGCCACUCAAUGUAUGCUGAUUGAUGUGUCUUGAUGUAAAUGGUGCUACAGAUGAUGGAAUAAUUGAAUGUUUAAACAAUUCCGGUAGCUAACAUUUUCAAUAGAUCUUCCGAUGUCAAAAGAAUAUAUUCUCAGAGUAGGUUUUUUGAAAUACAAUGUGUGUGUUCAGGAUAUGAGUCAAAACAAGAACAGGAUGUAGGAUUUGAAAAUGUUUAAGCAUCUGUUAGGUAGUAUUUUAUGACACCCUGAAACAAUCUUAGUGUCUUGGACAGGCUCUCACUGUAAUUGUAGUAUUGUAUAAUGUACAUUGAUAUAUUACUUAGAAAAAUAAUCUCCAUGCCCACAUAAGUUCAUAUUUAAACAAAAACUUGUCUGAAAUAGUACAUAAUUUUCAUUUGAUUUAGAAAAAAUCCACUCAGAUGUAUAAUUGAAGGAAUACAAACAAAAUAUCCCUGUUCUUAAAAGUGAUGUUUUUGAAUAUAACCCAGAUCCAUUAUCCAAAUAAUGGGUAAAUUUAUCCAAAAAUACUAUACUGUAUAUUAAAUAACUUGCCAUUUUUUUUUUUUUAUAAAUCUUGAGGGAAAAAAAAUAUGCAGGUUUUUAAAGUCUUACUAAUUUGGUAUGUUCACAUUUAUAUUGAAUUCAACUAAGUAUAUAGAGUAAACAAUUUAUCAGCGUAGAAGUUGAUGAUUUUGAAUAAAUGUUGGGGAAUUUCAAAAUAUUAACUCUA